AUGGCAGCAACUCGUUUCAUCCUGGCACCGUUGGGUGGUGUCUUUGUAGCUACUUCGCUGCUCUACACCUUCCGCCAUACCAUUGCUGUGCGCACACACGACACGGCCCUAGCGCUCAACAGGAUCAAGCUGCAGCUAAACGACAUCGAUCCAGACAACUGGGACAAGGAGGGCAAGGAGCGCGUCACCCGCGAACAGCUCAGGCCCGCCUACGUUGCUCCCGUGCGACCAUCGGUGACGGAAGAGAUCAAGGCUCGAUGGAAUGAGCACGUGAUUGGUGCAGUCGACACGCUGGCCAACGCCAACUACUACGACCUCUUCGCCAACGGCGUCGUCUCUGCCAAGAACAUCGUUUCUCGCUACACAUCGCCUGACGCUUCUUCCUCCGCAGUAGGGACACCGCUGGAGGCGCAAACCGCUGCGACCGGUGGCAUCAAGACUGGCGUCAUCAACACGCAGGGUGUGUCGCUGCGCGAAGAGAACAACACUGUCUCGGCAGCAAGGGAUGCUGUACGUGGUCCGGGGAGCAGCGUUGGUUCACGUCUCGCAAGAGCCGUCGGCCUGGACGCCGGAAAGGUCGAGAAGGUCGUCGAGGCAAAGACGGGGCCGGGCUUUGGCAAGGUCGGCGACGGAUCAGCAGGGCGUACGUUCUACCUCGGUGAAGGCACUAGCUUGCGUUGA